AUGUCCAACAACCCCCAAUACUCGGCCCUGCACGCCCUCAUUGACCAGGAGCGCGGCGGCGAGGCGCCCCAGCCCGCCAAGGUCGUCGGCGACGCCGAGGAGGAGGUUGUGCUUGCUGCGCCUGCGCACGCACACUCGCACGGGCACGGCCACGGCCACGGCCACGGCGGCGACGCGUGGAACGGCGAGGAGUACCUCGCGCGGCCUGGGCUCAAGGAGGCUGCCAAGGCGUCCGCCGAGACAGUGACCUACGCGCUCGCCGAGUCGGGGCUGGACGAGGAGUCGCUCAAGAAGAAGAGCCUGCUCGAGAUCGGCGCCGGCGUCGGGUCCGUCACGACACACUUCGCCAAGCAGUUUGAGCACGUCCACGCGAUCGACACGAGCGCCAACAUGCUGCUCACGUUCGCGACGCAGCCCGUCAGCGUGCGCUCCAACGUGACGCACACGCUGCACGCGCUGGGCAAGGACUCGCCUGGCGCGUUCGCGCGUGGCCUGCCGCAGCCCUCGCCGACCGAGGAGGACCCGCGCCGUUGGGUCCUGCCGCACCGCGAGCGCUUCGACGUCGCCGUCGCCAACCUCGUCGUGCACCACGUCGACGACCUCGACGCCUUCUUCGCCGGUGCGGUCGGUAUCCUCCGCGACGGUGGCCGCUUGGUUGUCACGGAGUUCGGCACGACCGAGGACGGGCGCGACCCCGCCAAGGAGGCGCGCGACGAGAAGGCCGCUGCUGAGGGCAAGGGCCCCGCGGACACGGUCAACGGCCCCGGCCUCUUCCACCACGCCUUCUCACCCGAGCAGCUCACGGCCCUCUUUGAGAAGUACGGCCUCGUCGAUGUCAAGGCUGGCCGCCGCGGCGUGCUGCCCUCGAUCAUUACCGGGCAUGACGCGAUUCCCAUCGUGUGGGCCGUCGGUGUCAGGAAGUUGUAG